AUGCUUGUUAAUUAAUAAUCUAAAGUUAAUAAAGAAAAUCAAAACCCACUUUUAAUUGUCAAUUAAUAGGAAUAACUAAAAUUGAAUGGUAUAUUACCAAAAAAUCAUUUUAAUGAAGGAAUCACUAAUAGAUAUUAAAGCACUGUCUCUUGUUAUUCAUAAUCAUUAAAAAAAUGCACUAGUUCAAGAUCAUUAUAAGAAUAAAUUGAAAGAAUUGCUAAAAAACUUAAAUAAAAAUAAGAGAAAGAAAUAGUUCAAUAGAGUGUAGAUCUAAACAAAUAUUCAAUUGAUGAAAUGAUUGACAUCUUAAAAAACGAUAGGCUUUUACAUAUUCGAUCCUUGUAAUUAUAGCCAAGCUCUAAUAAAAAUAAACAAAACAGUCCUAAAAGUAUAUUUCCUCCUCUGUAAUUGAAAUAGAAUUUUUAAAGUUUCGAAACUACUAAAAGUUCUGAAAAUGAAACUAUCAAUCAUAAAUUUGACAUAAAACCUAAAUUUAAUAAAAUAUCUAUACCAAAACCUAUUAAGAAAAUUGAAAGUAUAGAGACCAUAAAACCUAUAGAAGAAACAAGAAAAAAAAGAACUGUUUCAUAAGUAGUAGAGCCUCCUUCCAAAACAUUAACGAAAUAAGAAAGAAUAAAAAAGGCUUUAUAAAAUACACAUAGGAUUGUAUAAUUAUUUAGUUAAUUUAAUAAAAAUAAUAUAUCAAAUGAAGAAUUACAUGAAUUAAUUAAAACUGAAGGAUUUAAAUUAUAAUUUGAAUGUCUAGUUCAAUUUAGUGAUAAUAAUAUAGAUUGUCGAGGUUAAUUACAAAAUUUUAUGAAUUCAUAAAUUAAGAAAUAUAUAGAUUUAAAAAAUGCUGAAUUAGAGCAUUAACGUAUUUAUCCUAUCUAUUUAAUAUAGUAAAGAAGGAGAAUUUUAAUCAAGUACUUGAAGAGUGUUUAACUAAAUUAACAACUAAAUUUUGA